AAGAUCAAGAGUGUACAAAAUACACAAAAGAUCACCAAAGCGAUGGAGAUGGUUGCGGCAAGUAAAAUGCGUAAAGCACAAGAACGUAUGCGUGCUUCACGUCCUUACGCGGAUAAAAUGCGUACGGUUUUAAGUCAUCUGGCUCAAGCGCAUUGUGAGUACAAACACCCUUACCUGCAAGAUCGUGCAGACGUUAAGCGUGUUGGUUACAUUGUGAUUUCUACAGACCGUGGUUUAUGUGGUGGUUUGAAUACCAACAUGUUUAAAGCGGCUAUCAAUGAAAUGUCUGAUUGGCAUGAUAAGAAUGUUGAGAUUGAUAUUUGUGCGAUUG